GUUUCGGCGGCUGCUGUAGAAGUUCAUGGGAGUUUUGUGAUUAAAGUUUUGUGAAACUGGAAGUUUUCCUUCAUAUAUCAUCUAUACUUAGUACAUUAAGUGAGGUAUAUUAAUUGUGACAUUAAAGAUCUUUUAUAAUUCUGAAGCAUAUCUUUAUUGUUUUAUUGCAGCAACGGUAUAUGUAUAUGUUUAUCUCGUAUGAACAUAGAGGGCGUUAAGUCUUCACAUCGGUUCAUAUCAAGUACCGUAUGUGUAUAAAUAAAAAAAAAAUUAAUUAGUCAUUAUUUCUUUGAAACUUUUAUUUUGAAGUUGGUGUAAAAGACUAAAAUCAGCGUUUGUUUAAUAAUCCACAUAUUUGUGGUAUUGACUUCUCUUCGAUUGAUUUUAUUCAGAUUUAGAAGUUGGAGGAAGAAGAAAAUCCCCUAGGCCUAACGGCUAAAAACAUGGUCAUGGAAUUGCCAACUCCACAGUGUGUGGGUCGUGAAUUUGUUCGACAAUAUUACACUUUAUUAAACAAGGCUCCUCUACACCUUCACAGAUUUUACAAUCAUGAUUCAUCAUUUUUGCAUGGAGGAUUGGACCGGCCUGGACAGGAAACUCGACCAGUUGUUGGACAGCAAGAUAUCCAUGAAAGAAUUAUGCAGUUAAAUUUCAGAGACUGUCAUGCUAAAAUCAGACAGGUUGAUAGUCAAGAAACACUUGGCGAUGGAGUUGUUGUCCAGGUAUCUGGUGAGUUAUCCAACAAUGGUCAGCCGAUGCGCCGCUUUAUGCAAACUUUUGUUCUGGUUCCACAGUCACCCAAGAAGUAUUAUGUAAGAAACGACAUAUUUCGUUAUCAGGAUGAAGUUUUUUCAGAAGAUGAUAAUGGUGAAAUUGACAAUGCAUUAACUGACCUUGAUGUAGAAGAUUCCGCUGCAAAAACUCCAAGUGCUUUAGCUCAAGAUGAUGAUGUUGGAUAUCAUGAAAAUGAAAUAGUGAGGAAUGGCUCCGUAUAUUCCACUGACUCUGUAGUUGUUACCAAGUAUGGGGCUUCUCAGCCACCCAGGGAAAGUCGUGCAAGUCCUCAACCAGAGUGUGAAGUGGAAUCUGGCAAGUCUGAUUGGGAUGAAGAAGAGGAGGAAGAAGAUGAAGAGGAAGAGCUUGAAGAGGAAGAAAUAGGCACUGAAAGAGCCACAGAAGAUACAGCACCUGAAAUAAUGGAAAAUCCACCUGUUGUUUCACAAGAGCCCAAGACUUAUGCGAAUAUGGUGAGCAAGAAUACCAGCUCUGCUAUGACUCCAAGUCACCCUGUGACCUCUAAUGCAACAUCUCCUGUGUCCAACUUACCUGCAUCUCAUAAGACUGUGGAACAACCUGCUGUGUAUCACAAGAAUGAUAGCACUCCUGCUUCUUCUGCUCCUCAACAGAGUGGUUCUGGAUUUAAUCAGCAAGGAAAUCGUAUGUCGCGUCCCCGCCUGAAUUCUGGCAGGGGUGGGUCAGGUCGCUUUGAGAACAGUGGACACGAUGUCCCAGCUCGUUCUCCUGAAGAUUCUGAUGCGGAUAAAAGAAAGGCAAAUUUUAUCCACUAUCCUGAUGCUCAACAACUCUUUGUUGGAAACCUCACUCACUCGAUUACCGAAGAGGACUUGAAAUCCCAUUUUACACAAUUUGGAAAGGUUUUGGAUAUGAGAAUUAAUACUAAGCAACCGCAGAAGAUUGGCGGUGGGAAAGUGCCUAAUUUCGGUUUCAUAGUUUUUGAAGAUGCAGACUCUGUGCAGAAAGUUCUUGCGGCUCGACCCAUCUAUUUUAAUGAUCAUCGCUUGAAUGUAGAAGAAAAGAAACGACCAAAAGAUAAUCGAAUGAUUUCUAGUGAUAAUAGGGGUGGUCCUCCAAGAAGUGGGCCUUCACCCCGUGUCGGAGUCGGUGGCCGUGGUCCUCGCGGUAGCAUGAUGUCUCAGGGCACUGGCCGAGGGGACAACAGAGGAGGCAUCAGAGGAAGCUAUGCUCCCCGACGUUAAUUUUUUUUAAUAAAAAAAAAUACCCUAAUUUUUCAAAAGGACAUUUAGUUAUCACGAUGUAUGGUCUUUACUGAUUCGGUCCUGACAAUAUGUGCCUGGAUAGGACUUCAAUUUACCAGACACUUUGUGUUUCAUUUCCUUUAAAACUAUGUCAAGCUUUCUAGUUUCAUUUGCUGGACAUAAAUCUUCAAAUAUCAUUAAAAAAAAAGUGAAGAAAAGGAGUGUAUAUAGAAAAGUGCUUUAAAACCACAUUGUUUUUUGCUUUCAUGUGAAUUCACAAAUCAUUUUUCAUUUUCUUUUUUAAAACAAAAAUAAAUAUGUGCUCCGUUGAGGGGGAGUGAUGGAAGGUUAAAUCCAACAUCCCCAAGUUGCCAAAAACUGGGUGCAUCUUGAUAUAAACUGAUUUAGGAAAUAAUAAUUAAUAAAAAAAGAACUAAAAACGAUGGUAUGUUAAAUGUGCAUGAAGCAUAUUUCUCUUAGAGCUUCGAGGGUGCCACGUGAAUCCAUAAAUGUAAGUUAAAUGACGUGAAUACAUAAAUGUAAGUUAGAUGACAUCAUUUUUUUCUUUCACUAGUUCAUCUUUUUGUAUUGAAGAAAAUUAAAGAAAAAAAAUCACAAAUCUUAUUUGUGAUAGAAUUUUUUGAAACAAAAUAUAUAUAUUGUCCACCGGCAAUGUGAUUUCUCUGUACGACUGGUGCUUCGCCCUGAUCUCAUCUCUGUAUAAAUAAUUCACAAUCUAUUUUUCCCAUUGAAGCUGCUACUUAAAUGAAAAUGCUUCUGUUGGUUUAAAGUUAUGUUGCAUUCAGAAAUCGGGGCAUUUUUGGGGAGUUUUUUUCACUACCUCAUCAGUGUCAACAUUUUAGUUUCAUAUUUAAACUGAUCCAAACCCUGUAGCGUUUCUUUUUUAAAAAAUUUCUUUAUUUGUAACGGGGUGUUGGCUUUUCAGUUGUGCGGUCCUAUAAUCAAAUUUCAAAUCAUUUGGAAAGAGAAUUUUCCCCCCACUGUUUUGAUAUUUGUGUGUUGUGAUUUUUUUUAUGUAAUUUAUGUUGUAAACUAUAUAUAUAUUUCCUUUUUGCUUCAUCAUGACUUAAUCUUCACAUUGCCUAGUGUGAUGUAUAAAAGAAAGUCUCUUUUUUUUUGUAACUAUUUUUUUGGAUGCUUGUUAUGUUACCAAACUAUACUUGUCAGAAUUGCUAGCCCAUGUAAUAGUCUAAGCUUAGUGUUAAGUAUUAUAUUAAGAUUAAGCAAUUAAAAAUUUCAAUAAUUCAAAUUUUUUUUCUAAUUUGUUUCUGCAUCAAUUUCAUUGAUAAGUUAAUUUCAUUUACUUAGACCAUUCUUUUUUUUCAUACGUUUUGAUACGCAUAUAUCUUUUAUCUUUUUUAUAUAUCUUUAUAUUUCUCUUAAAUUGCUUUAUUAGUAAGUUUUUUCUUAUUUUUUGCAUUAGCCAGGUACAAGAUUCUAAUGAGUAUUUAUUGACAAGAAAGGUUACAUUCUAACAAAAUGUGAUUUUUUUUUUCUUAUUGAAAAAUAUCAAUUGUUAAAUUUGCUGUUAGUGUGAUUUCAAUUUCUAUAAAUAUUUAUUAUAUAUCUUACGUACCUAGUUAAUUGCUAAACUUAAUAUUUUUGUUACUUUUUUAGAAAACAAUUGAAUAUUUCUCUCUAGGAUUGUUUUUGAGUUUUUAUUUUCGACUACAACCUGCAAAAAAAUAAUAAAAUAAAAAAUAAAAUAAAUAAUUCAAACUUACUUUGUUGAUUCUAUUCUUCGUUAGUGAUGACUUGCAAUUAUGGUUUGUGUUCUAACCAGUGUUUUUAGUGUGUGCUUUUACUUUUUUUUAUAAUUUUAAUGAUGUUACAUUAUCAGCCAUUUGUUUGAAAUGUUGCUAAAUAGAAGAAAAAUCUUUGUUUAAAAAAAAAAAAUUCAUGAUUAAUAAUGUUAAUAUCCCAUUGGUAUGUGUUGUUACAAAAGUGUACUUAAUAUCUAAUAGUGAUCCGCCCCUUUGCAUAUUUUUUUGUAACAUUUUUGUUUAUUUAUUCUUAAGUUUCGUAAUGGAAAGAGAAAGUAUUAGGAGAGAGUGUUUAUUUCCUCUUCAGCACUUCAUGUUAAACUAUAGCUGAUAAUGUUAAAACCCAUUUUAUGUCAAUUAAAAUUAAGUUUUUGUCCUUCAUACUCCGUCUUAGUAUAUAAAGCAAAAUGUUAAAUGCGUAAUUUUUGUGCUCUAAAAUAUCUAGAACUAUGUUGAAUUAAAGUAAGUUGCACUAUGUAACUUAAUGAGCACAAAAGCAUUAAACUGUUCUAGUCUAUGUUUUGUUGAUUAUUUAAAUUAAUGUAUGUACUGUUGUUAAGAUACUGAAAUAAGUUCUCCUAUUUUUUUCCUUUACAAACAAAAGAAAUAAAAAAAAAAUUCAGUUCUCAUUUCCUGUGUUUUCUCUUCCAUUUGAAUCUUUUUCCUCUUGUGAUAAUUUUUGGCUGUUUAAAUUGUAUGAUAUAAUUGUAGAACUGUUGAACCAAGUAUAUGAAUUUUAAACUGUCAUAUUUUGCAUGUCAAAGGUUUGCAACCUGUUUUUUUUUAAAAUGUUUUAUUCUUAAUAAGUAUUUUCAAUUGCAAUCAGUGUUUAAGAUGUAUUAAUCAGUGGUUAAGAUGUAAUAAUUAAUACAAAUUAAUAAAUUUAAUAUUUAAUAUUUACAAGGCUAGGAUUUUGAUGUAUAAAAUGUUUUAAAAAUGUAAAAAAACUCUUCGUAAACCAGCAAAUUAAUGACCUUUAAAUUAACAGCAGGGUGCUUCGCUUGGUGCUUGUUUUCGAUUUUCGUUUUUUAAAAGCCCUUAAAGGUGCUUUUUUCAUUGGGUGUUUUUAAAAAGUGUUUAAUUUUCGCUUUUCCUAAUUGAGAUUUUUCCUUAACCAUGUUGAUUUUCGUUACAAAUUAUGCAGAAAAACACUGUUCACAUUGUUCUAUUCAACGUUUUCACAAUUAAUUUAACCCCACUCUAUUUCGGCGCACCAUCAGUCUGUAGCAUAUGAAAACGCUGCUCGAUUUACAUGGUUCAAAAAUAUUAACAAUUAUCAAAAACAAUGCCAAAAGGUUUUUUUCCUUUUUUUUUUUCCUAACAUGACUGUUAAAACCGGAUAAAACUGUCAAUUGUCAAAAACUUUCCAACCCUACGUAAUAAUAUAUUUUUAAAAUGCUUAAAUAUUUAAGUGCUUAAAAGGUACUUAUUUUUUGUUGAAUAAUUUGGCUAUGCGCCUUGAUUAAAGAUUAUGUCGUUUAAUGCUAUGUUUAUUAGAGCUUAUUUUUUUAAAAAAUAACAUAAAUUGUUGCCUGAAUUAAUAAAUUUAAUAAAAAGCGUUAAGCAGACAUUAAAAUAUGUAAUUAUGUAUAAAGUAAAAUAUUUAUUAAUACCUGAUAAAGAAAAAUAUAAAUGAAUAAUCUUAAAUUGCAAUCUUCAAGAAAAUCAGGCAUUGCAUUAAAAAGUGUCUUGGAAUAUGAAAUGGAAAGGGCACCUUUUGUCCAUAAGUGAAUUUUUAGGUCUUGAAAAACUCGGAUCAAUAUCAACAUUGUUAUUGGAACAUAUUUAGACUACAAGAAUUAGAAAAAUCAUAUCAUCAGUGUCCUAGCCUCUAGUAAUUAAUAAUGGAAAGUGUUUGUCUGUUGCAAAGCUGGACAGUAAUAUUUAGAACAAGCAUUUUUUCCUGAAAUUAGGUAAAAAUUUGUAGCAAAAAUUUUAAUGAGUUUUAUUAUUAUUUUAAUCUUAGACCUAGAUUGGUCUUCUUCCACUCUUAAUUUUAAGCAGCUGUUGUCCUUAUCUUGACGUGCAAAAUUUGUCUUGUGUUAAUUUGUAUAUUUUUUUUUCUCCCUUCUUUCAGUGGUGUUUCAAUACCUGCAGUAUGUGUAACAUUGCUGAAUUGUGUUGUAAAGUUUGUAAAUAUAAUGGCUUGUGAGAAAACUAACAUGAGUAUCUUUUUAUCGUAACCUGUGUGAUAUGAGUUUUUGUUAGCUACAAAAUUAGAAUUUGAAAUGUUGAUAUCGAAUUGUUAGGUCAUUUUUGCUCACUUUGUAUAACUUUUUUGUUUUAACUGUUUGAUAUGUCCUCCCUUUUCUGGGUUUUGUUACUUUUGUUCGGCCAGAAAAAUAAAGCAUGCUCCUGUUCUAAAAGAGAUUUUUUUUCUCUCCCCUCAUUGAAUAUAAAUGUGUGGUAAAUUUUGAGCUCUUAUAACUUCAGUUACUAUUAAGUUCAUGAUUUAGCCAAUAUAAAUAAGUUUGGUUGAAUCAGUGAUUUAGCCCAUAUAACAUCAGUUACUGUUACGUUUAAUUCAUGAAAUUUUAUGUGGUUUUGUAAUGAAUUUUUUUUUAGUACUUGUAUGAAGGCUGCACAUGCUUCUUCAAUAACCAGUCUUUAAUUUGUAGUUCUUGUGUCUUUUGUGUUAGCACUGCAACAUAAUGUCUGAAUUCUGUUAUUUUACCUUUUGAAAUGAACUUUUGUUAUAUGGAUGCCGACUUCUAUGAAUUUAAGUUUCUGAAGUAAUCGACUUUGAAGAUAAAAUUGUCAAAAGUUUGAAACAUAACCUAGAUUUUAUGGUGGUUUUUAGAGUGAAACUUGUAUUUGUUUAGAUUACUACAAAAAUUGAUUAGAAUUUCAAUGAGCAUUGCAAGCUUGAGGCAAAUUUUUCUCUCAAAUUUGUUGCUAUGCAACAGUGGAGAAAAUUGCUAUUAACAAGAAAAAAAAUCAAAGCAUUUUAUCUAAUUUUUCUUAGUUGCUUAGCAACCAUAGGAAAUUUAAUAGAAUUGCACUCGAGCAGCUGCGUAUUUAGCAAAAUUUUCUUACAAGAUUCACUUGUGUCAUGCCUUUCUGUAAAAAUGUUUUAAAAUUUAAAAAAAAAUAUUUAUUGAUUAAAUUAUUCAUAGUAUUUUGACAAAAUAUCUUGAUUCAACAAAAAUAGACAAUCUCAUCUGUCAUACAGCUUUUAUAUUUAUAGUUGGAUACUAUAACCGAUGUAUUUUAUUUAAAAAAAAAUCCAAAUUUGAUCUUUUUAUGUAUCUUAAAUCUAUUGUCAUAAUGCUUUUUAGGAUUGAGAAUUUCACCAAAAGUUGGCAUUCCAUUGUAAAUGCAAUGCAGCAGCAUGAUAUGUUCGUAAAAUGUAAUCCUGGUAAACUCAUCGGUGCAUUAUAUGGUACUGAUUUUGUUGAAUAAGGAUUAUCAUUUUAUUGUAAAUAAAAACAAGAGUCAAUUUCACUGUGGGUAAUUUUAAUUCCCAGAUAAUGGAGGAUCUAUUAGUGAUUUUUCUUUUUAAUAUUUUGAAAAAAUUUGUGAAAAGUGGAAUGAAUGUUUCUGUAAGAUGAUAUAUUGCUGGAAAGAAAAUUUUAUAUUUUGAAAUAAGUGUCAAAUUUUUUAAGAGAAAAUUAACUUGUACAAAUAUAUGAACAGAAGUUGGUUGUGCAAUCAUUUACAACAACUUUUUUCCUAAUAUUUUUUGUUAAAUAACAGUUAACUUUGCUUCUUCAAUCCUCACUUAGUAAUUAACAUGUGCUAAUGUCUUUGCAUUUAAAUGUGAAACAAUGUCUAUAGUUUUUCUUUAGAAGUAAUUCAAAUGCGUUUUCAGUUAUUGUUAUUGAUGCUCAAAUUUAAAUGUGUUUGUAGUCUUCUGUGCCAAUUUCAUAAAUCUUGUGCUUUUUCAAAAACACUAUUUAGAAUAUUCAAGGUGCUUGGUAAUCACUUGCCCGAAUGUAUAUUUUUAGAACCCUUGUCAAAGUUUAAAAAGCAGAAAAAGUAAGCACCAUUGGGUUCUACAAUGUUAGCAAAAA